AUGAGAUGCCGUCUGUCUGUCUGUCUGUUUUUCUGUUUUCCUCUAUGGCUGCAUGUCUGCUUUUCUGUCUGUCCAAUUGUCCAUUCAUCUGUACUUCUCGCUCUUGCCUCCUGGCCUCUGCUCCAGCAGUUUGGGAUGUCUAUUGCUUACACGAACAAAAAGGAAAUAAAAGGUCAGGGCCUGAAGGAGGGUAAUCAAGAGCUUCAAGGUGUCUAUUGUAAUCGACCUGUUUACCGAGAAUCUUAUCUGUCAUGUAUCGAAUUCUUGGAAGGCCCUUGGUCUAUUCCCUUUGUUGGACCGAUUCCCGAUCCAACCGCCCGCAAUUCUCCUAUUUUUGUCGAAUUGGCGACAUCCGACCUCAAUCCACUCACCUUUACCUUCGUGGAGUUAUCCCUUACAACCAAGCAUGCGUUCCAUGAACUGGAUCGCUCAUACCCGUUCUCUACGGUUUCAUAG